AUGGCGGACACCAACAUCAUCUUCGAGGACAGGUUCACUGUUGAUACUAUAGAUCAGGAUGGCAAGAAAUUUGAUAGAGUAUCUCGUAUAACAGGCAAAUCACACAACCUCUCCAUGCACCUCACACUGGAUAUUGCGUCUGAGCUAUACCCUUUAUCUGAGAAUGAGACCAUCACUCUGGCAGUCGCUCGAAGUCUGGUUCCGGACGAAGUGAAGAGGGAAUUAUGGAGAAGUGGCGACCAGGGUCUAGCAGCGGACUUCGAGUAUGUCAUGUUUGGAAAGAUCUACAAAUUUGACGAUUCAUUACAAGGGGAAAAUCAGACUACCGCCUACUUUUCAUUUGGUGGCUUAUUGAUGGCUUUGAGAGGAUCAUAUAGACAUCUGGCUGGCGUCGUACAGGGCGAAAAUGUCUACCUCCUGAUACGGAAGUAG